CGGACGGGUCAGAAGCGUAGAGGCGGCGGCAAAAUGGCGGCGCCUGAGGAACAGGACCUAACCCAGGACCAGACAGAGAAGCUGCUGCAGUUUCAGGAUCUGACUGGCAUAGAAUCUAUGGAUCAGUGUCGUCAUACCCUGGAACAGCAUAACUGGAACAUAGAGGCUGCUGUACAGGACAGAUUGAAUGAGCAAGAGGGUGUACCAAGUGUUUUCAACCCGCCUCCAUCCCGACCCCUGCAGGUUAACACAGCUGACCACAGGAUCUACAGCUAUGUUGUCUCAAGACCACAACCAAGGGGGCUGCUCGGAUGGGGUUAUUACUUGAUAAUGCUUCCAUUCCGGUUUACCUAUUACACAAUACUUGAUAUAUUUAGGUUUGCUCUUCGUUUUAUACGGCCUGACCCUCGCAGCCGGGUCACUGACCCCGUUGGGGACAUUGUUUCAUUUAUGCACUCUUUUGAAGAAAAAUAUGGGAGGGCACACCCUGUCUUCUACCAGGGAACGUACAGCCAGGCACUUAAUGAUGCCAAGCGGGAGCUUCGCUUUCUUUUGGUUUAUCUUCAUGGAGAUGAUCACCAGGACUCUGAUGAAUUCUGUCGCAACACUCUCUGUGCCCCUGAAGUGAUUUCACUAAUAAACACUAGGAUGCUCUUCUGGGCAUGCUCCACAAACAAGCCUGAGGGAUACAGAGUUUCACAGGCUUUACGAGAGAACACCUAUCCAUUCCUGGCCAUGAUUAUGCUGAAGGAUCGGAGGAUGACUGUGGUGGGACGGUUAGAAGGCCUCAUUCAACCUGAUGACCUCAUUAAUCAGCUGACAUUUAUCAUGGAUGCAAACCAGACUUACCUGGUGUCAGAACGCCUAGAAAGGGAAGAACGAAACCAGACCCAGGUGCUGAGGCAACAGCAGGAUGAGGCCUAUUUGGCCUCUCUCAGGGCUGAUCAGGAGAAAGAAAGAAAGAAACGUGAGGAGCGUGAGCGCAAACGGCGGAAGGAGGAGGAAGUAAAACAGCAAAAGCUGGCAGAGGAGAGGCGGCGACAGAAUUUACAGGAGGAAAAGGAAAGGAAGUUGGAGUGCCUGCCCCCUGAGCCUUCCCCUGAUGACCCUGAAAGUGUCAAGAUCAUUUUCAAAUUACCCAAUGAUUCUCGAGUAGAAAGACGAUUCCACUUUUCACAGUCUUUAACAGUAAUCCACGACUUCUUAUUCUCCUUGAAAGAAAGCCCUGAAAAGUUUCAGAUCGAAGCCAACUUUCCCCGGCGGGUGCUGCCCUGCGUCCCUUCAGAGGAGUGGCCCAACCCCCCGACGCUGCAGGAGGCCGGACUCAGCCACACAGAAGUUCUCUUUGUUCAGGACCUAACAGAUGAAUGACACUUUUUCUUCCUCUCCCCUCCCUACCCAAUUCCUAAAAGAAAUGGAAAAAAAACAAAAACCAAAAAAACCCCACAACACAACAAAAAACAAGAGAGAGAAAAAUUCACAUUAUUAUUAUUAUAAUACAAUAUUUUUUUUAAAGACUGCUGCAUCCUAAGGAAGGAUCAGAAACCAUGCUGCCUGCAAGAGUCACCACCUGUGUGCGCGCGAGGUUAGUGAUGAACGUUCCAGCCGGCAGCCCGCCUUCCCCUGCUGCCUUUGCACCACACGCCCUCCAGCAGAAGGAGGCUCUUCACCUCCAGCCCAGCCAUUGACCCAGCGGGGAAGGGGACAUUCCCACUAGUUCUCAUUCAUUCUUGCUUUUAUGGAAAAUAAAAGUGACAAACCUCCAUCAACCAGCUACUGCAGCAUCUCCUAAGGACUUGUUUCUCCUGCCUCUGGAGAAGAGAGGGAAGAGAAGGCACAGAGCAGAGAUGUUCCUUUAACUUCCCACAAUUUAUGAAUAACUUAAAUUUUUUCUGUUGCUUUGUAAUGACCAAAGGAAUGAGGCUGACAUAGGUGUAUUUUUUUUUUUUUUUUGUAAAGAGCCAAUUCUUAAACCCAUGACAUGAUUUCAUGCCCUGGGCUCCUUAGCCCACAAGAGUAUAAUAAAGGUGCCCCAGGCUGGUUUGUGCUUAUUUCUGCCAUUGCCCCUCAAGUUCCCAGAGAGGUCGUCCUUUUCGGUCCAACUCUUGCUGUCCUUUCUUGUCACCUAUGCACCCCACUUGGAGCAGUGGGAGGAAAUCUGGGUUUGUAGCCCCUGUGAUGUACAAAUACACCACGUGUGCAGCGUGACACCUCCGUGUAUACUCGCCUGUACAUACGACUGCAGCUUUUCCUUGGAGUCUGUACCGGGUGGUUUUUGCGGAGUCUGAACCAAAGGAUAGCAGCUCUUCAUUCCUCUUCUGACAUGUGCAUGCUGUUCCUACCCAGCCCUGAGCUUUCCUGAAUUGCCAAGCUUGGUGCCUUUCCAAAGGACUGGCAGGGCCUGUGGUGGAGCCAGCAGAACCAUGUGAGAGCCCUGCCUGUUACAGUGGAGGUGCGGUGGUGGUGCUGGUGGGUUAAGGGUAGAAAGAAUAGAGGCCUCAAGGGGAGCCAGACAGCUCUCAGGCUGAGUAAACUCUUAGAAGGCAGAUUUCAGUUUCUGAUGUGGCCACCGGCUGGAGGCAGUUCUUACCCUCUUCCUCUAUUGCUGUGCUGAAGUAAUAGGGUUUGUUAACCUCUGGAUGUCUCGUCUGUGGUUGAGCUUAUGUAAUGGGUACAUGGGUCAGGACAUGUGUUAACAGAUGCCAGUGUGAGCUGACAGAUAUUCCAAAGUGUUCUAUGGCUAGACUGGUGCACUCGUAACACUGCAACCUACUGAAGUUACUGUAGUUCCUAGCAUGCUAUGAGACCAAGGGGUUCACGUCAAGAUAAAGCAUAACUUGCUGGGUUUGUAGUCUCCAAAGUCUUUCUCUGUUGCUUAACUAAAACCUGGGGACUGCUCUUAGGUAGCAGUAACUUGGCUACUAUUCUCUGUAGCCUCAGUGGUUGGGGUACACACCCAGGGUCAGGGUGAGGAGCCUCAUGGACGUCACCUAAUUUUCCAGUGGCCUUGGCACGGGUGUCUAGAACACCACCUCCAGAAAAUUUAGUUCUGCUCCUGGCUGCCUAGUAUUCCACUUUGUUUCCUGCUGUCCCAAGGCCAUAUGAGCAGGAAAUUGCUGUCCAUUGUCAAAAUGUACCUGAAGUGAAUACCAGGAUAAACUGUUCUCCUCUCAACCUGUGUGAAGUCUGUUCCUGCUGACAACUAUGCAAAGGGGAACUUUUCCACUUCACUAAGAGCCUCCCUCCCUGAUGUUCUCACAGCUGUUUCCCUGGCAGCACGCGGGGCGCUCGGACCUCGGUGAGGCUGGGUAUACUAUUUUGUCCAUACCUCUUUGGGAAGUUGUAAAUUUUUUUCCUUAAUAAUUCAAACUGCAUCUUAUUCUACAAUGUGCACUUUAUGCCUCUUGCCUUUUGAUAACGUUCAGUGAAGGAGGUCAGAUUCCAGAAGAUUAAAACGUUUCUGUUUUUGUCGGUACAGUUCUUGGUACAACUUUUGGGACAGCCUAUGCCUUUAGGUUUCCAGAGGCUUCUGAAGCACAGGCUCCUUUCCUAGUCCAUGUUGAAAUAGCCCAGACCCCAUUCUUGUCUCCUUGCUGAGCUGCUGCCUAGGUGCCGUCUCCUUUCCUCCCUGAAAGAUGCACAUUUUGUCAGCGCCAGGACAAUCUGUCUUACUUCCAAGGACCUCUGGGAACGUGACGGGACCUGCAAGGGAGCAAAUACUGAGAAGUCAGUGAUCUGUAAGCAUUUGCUCUUGUUUUCAAAUCACCUCUGUGUAAUGACAGCUGUUGUUUCCAAAUGGCAAGUCAUCAACUAAGCGAAAACACUUGUUUCAAGUUUCCUUCUGCACUCCCAAGACUGAAGUUAUAGGUUCAGCUGCAUGACCAUGGGAAAUGACCAAGAGAAGACACCCAGCUGAAAUUGAAUUUCUGCAGUCUCGAUUGGGAGCCCUUCUAUUGUGUGGUUUCUAUUUGCUUGCCUCCACUAUGUUGUUGGGAUAAGAGCUGGCCAGGGGAGAAUAUUUAUCUCUUAAAAAAAAAAAAAAGGCUAAAAAGAACCUAGGAAAUCUUCAACUGAGCAGUUAUGAAAAUUGCUAAUGGUGCCAAGGCCAAGGAAAGAAUUUCAGAAAAUGACAAUGGGAAGGAGUGAUAACCCCCAGAAUGCAAAAUCAAGGGAGUAUUUCUGGUGCUUGAACAAGAAGCUCCACUUCACAACUGGUUUUUUUAAGGACUUGUGAGGAACGCAGCAACAGGAAAUCCAUCCACAAAGGAUGCAGUGCCCCAACUUGGACUGCACCUGAAUAGUUACGUGUAAUUUACUGAAGAAAUCUAGUGUACUUUAAAUUUUUUUCAUAAAAGUUUACAUUGUAUUGUAGGUUAACAUUAAAUGUUUUAUAACAAAAA